UCUACAACCCGCGAUUUCUAUGAUAAAUAUCAUAAAUAUUAAUAGCACAAAGCUGUCUGCUCUCUAUUUUUGCAGAAUUUUGACUGACAAAUUUAUUUAUUUGUAUUAUCUCCAAGGAUUAAAUCAAACUAACCAAAAAUGGCACUGAGCUUCACCAGGCUUCUGUGCCGCAAGAACUUGGAUUUUCGUCAAUUCCGUGGACUCUACACCUCUUCUUCACUUACUGCCUCGACAUCAUCUGUAGUUCGAGUGACAGCCAAAGCAAUUGAAUCGCACGAUGAGAAAAAUAUGAGACUCAAUAGACCCAUGUCACCACAUUUGACAAUUUAUCAACUUCAGUUGACAUCCGCCCUCUCUUUGUCACAUCGUACAACCGGUAUUAUUUUAGCGACCUAUGCAAUUUCGCUAAGUUUCGGCACUCUGUUGAUUCCGGGAGGAAUACCUUGCUUUAUAGAUUCCGUGGAGAACUUAUGUCUUCCACCUGCUGUUCUUUUUAUUGGAAAAACCCUGCUAGCUCUUCCUUUCACCUUCCAUUACGCUAACGGUCUUCGCCAUUUGGCCUGGGACCUCGGUAAAUUUUUGACACUCAAAGAAGUCUACACCACCGGCUACGUAAUUUCUGCUGUGAGUGCUAUUGCAGCUCUAAUAGUUGCUGCUCUGUAAGUAAAUUUGAAUCACCAAAGAAAAAAAAGCGCAUGGAUUAUACUCCUACGUUUCAAGUUAAUUAAACACCUAAUUGUACUAAGGAGAAUAAAGUUAUUUAUUAGAAAAUAUUA